AUGCGUAAAAUUCGUAGUUUUCGUUGUAAUGAAGCAAAUUAUCAAGAUGAAUAUCGAUGCAAACUACAUUGUAGAAGUCACGGAUAUAAAACUGGUGAUUGUUGGAAAUCUCCUAAUUAUAAAUUUUGUGUUUGUCACAUUUCAUCUAUUUGGCUUUUAUACGAUUCAUUUGGCCGUUAUGAAAAGCGAACUAAACGAAAAUUGAAAUUGAUAAAUAAUCAACGAGAUGAUGAAUACUAUGUUAUUAUAAUUGGUACUGGUUUUUCUGGUCUUGGUAUGGCUAUUAAAAUGAAUGAACUUGGAAUGGAUAAUUAUAUUUUAAUUGAACGACAUGCACAUAUUGGUGGUACAUGA